GCUGCGCGCAGCCCGGUGGAGUGGGUGGUGCAGGACAGGGGUGGUAUAUCCUGUCUGACGGAGGGCGGGCCUCGCUAGUGCAGGGACAAGCCUGGGUGGAGGCGCCAAGAGCAGCUGCCGCGAGCCCUCACGCGGACCACGCACUCUAUGGCCAUAGGGAACCGCUGAGCGCGAGAAGAGCACGCUCCCUCCCGCCCGCCCGGCCGCAGCACCGCACCUCGCCUCGCCUCUCUGCUCUCCCAGGCUCCGGCCCGCGCGCGUCUCCCGCCACCAUGAACCACACUCCGCUCAAGACCGCCUUGGCGUACGAAUGCUUCCAGGACCAGGACAACUCCACGCUGGCUUUGCCGUCGGACCAAAAGAUGAAGACGGGCACCUCGGGCAGGCAGCGGGUACAGGAACAAGUGAUGAUGACCGUCAAGCGGCAGAAGUCCAAGUCUUCCCAGUCGUCCACCCUGAGCCACUCCAACCGAGGUUCUAUGUAUGAUGGCUUGACUGACAAUUACAACUAUGGGACCACCAGCAGGAGUGGCUACUAUUCCAAGUUCCAGACAGGCACUGGCUCUUGGGGAUAUCCGAUCUACAAUGGGACCCUCAAGCGGGAACCUGACAACAGACGCUUCAGCUCCUACAGCCAGAUGGAGAACUGGAGCCGCCACUAUCCCCGGGGCAGCUGUAACACCACUGGCGCAGGCAGUGACAUCUGCUUCAUGCAGAAAAUCAAGGCGAGCCGCAGCGAGCCAGACCUCUACUGCGACCCAAGGGGCACCCUGCGCAAGGGCACACUGGCCAGCAAGGGCCACAAGACCACCCAGAACCGCUAUAGCUUCUACAGCACCUGCAGUGGUCAGAAGGCCGUCAAGAAGUGCCCCGUGCGCCCACCCUCCUGCGCCUCCAAGCAGGAGCCCGUGUAUGUCCCGCCCAUCUCCUGCAACAAGGACCUGUCCUUUAGCCAUUCCAGGGCCAGUUCCAAGAUCUGCAGUGAGGACAUUGAGUGCAGUGGGCUGACCAUCCCCAAGGCUGUGCAGUACCUGAGCUCCCAGGAUGAGAAGUAUCAGGCCAUUGGGGCCUAUUACAUCCAGCACACCUGCUUCCAGGAUGAAUCUGCCAAGCAACAGGUCUAUCAGUUGGGAGGCAUCUGCAAACUGGUGGACCUCCUUCGCAGCCCCAACCAGAACGUCCAGCAGGCCGCAGCCGGGGCCCUGCGCAACCUGGUCUUCAGGAGCACCACCAACAAGCUGGAGACCCGGAGGCAGAAUGGGAUCCGAGAGGCUGUUAACCUCCUGAGGAGAACCGGAAACACCGAAAUCCAGAAGCAACUGACUGGGCUGCUCUGGAACCUGUCUUCCUCUGACGAGCUGAAGGAGGAGCUCAUUGCCGAUGCCCUGCCUGUUCUGGUCGACCGUGUCAUCGUUCCCUUCUCUGGCUGGUGCGAUGGCAAUAGCAACAUGUCCCGUGAAGUGGUGGACCCCGAGGUCUUCUUUAAUGCCACAGGCUGCUUGAGGAACCUGAGCUCAGCCGAUGCAGGCCGCCACACCAUGCGCAACUACUCAGGGCUCAUUGACUCGCUCAUGGCCUAUGUCCAGAACUGUGUGGCAGCCAGCCGCUGUGAUGACAAGUCCGUGGAGAACUGCAUGUGUAUCCUGCACAACCUCUCCUACCGCCUGGAUGCCGAGGUGCCCACCCGCUACCGCCAGCUGGAGUACAAUGCCCGCAACGCCUAUACAGAGAAGUCUUCCACCGGCUGCUUCAGCAACAAGAGUGACAAGAUGAUGAACAACAACUAUGACUGCCCCCUUCCUGAGGAAGAGACCAACCCCAAGGGCAGCAGCUGGUUGUACCACUCAGAUGCCAUCCGCACCUACCUGAAUCUCAUGGGCAAGAGCAAGAAGGAUGCCACCCUGGAGGCCUGCGCGGGUGCCCUGCAGAACCUGACAGCCAGCAAGGGACUGAUGUCCAGUGGCAUGAGCCAGUUGAUUGGGCUGAAGGAAAAGGGCUUGCCACAAAUCGCCCGCCUCCUGCAAUCCGGCAACUCUGAUGUGGUGCGGUCUGGAGCCUCCCUCCUGAGCAACAUGUCCCGCCACCCUGUGCUGCACAGAGUAAUGGGGAACCAGGUGUUCCCAGAAGUGACUAGACUCCUCACCAGCCACAGUGGCAACACCAGCAACUCUGAAGACAUCCUGUCCUCUGCCUGCUAUACCGUGAGGAACCUGAUGGCCUCACAGCCACACAUGGCCAAGCAGUACUUCUCCAGCAGCAUGCUCAACAAUGUCAUCAAUCUGUGCCGCAACAGUGCCUCACCCAAGGCUGCAGAAGCUGCCCGACUUCUCCUGUCUGAUAUGUGGUCCAACAAGGAGCUGCAGAGUGUCCUGAGACAGCAAGGUUUCGAUAGGAACAUGCUGGGAACCUUAGCCGGGGCCAACAGCUUCAGGAAUUUCACCUCCAGAUUCUAAGAAGAGGCUGUCCAAGCAAGUUCACCUUGCAGAUAUAUCCCAGUUGAGAAGACCUCAGACCUUGCUGGAUGGGUCAUUCUGUCCAUCCUGUGCGGUAUUUGGAAAAGUCCAAAUGCAACUGAGAAGAAACCUGCAAACUGGGGAUGAUUGAAAUACUUUUAAAUUCUUUUUUUUUUCCUUGGGGGAAUUGGCAGGAGAUAGGGAUUGGGGAGUUGAGGGAGGGCUUUCUUGAGUUAAAGGGCCUUAAGUCUAAUGUCAAUACUUCUUUCUCUAAGAAAUGGUAUAUAUAUGUGUAUAAUAUGUGUGCAAGUGUGUGUGUGUGUGCGUGUGGUGUGUAUGAGUGCCUGAAAGCAUAACCACAAACUGCAAAAAGCUAGGUAAGCUAUUUCACUGCAGCUCAUCAGGUGAUAAAAAAGACUGUUCCAUGGUUCUUACUCACAGGCAAGGAUGGCACAUGCUUUUCAAUGAGCUGCCUGUAGGUCCAGAAAUCCAUUGUGCUGGGGUGUGGGCUCUGGUGGUCCAGUUCCAUGGAGGAGUCCUGUGGGCUUCCUGCCCUCCAUCUCCUGGGGUGAGGGAGGAGGAAAUGGGGCUGGGCUAACCUCCCUGCUUAAGACACUGCUUUGCAGGGAGACUUUGUCGAUGUCAUGGGAAAUCUAGUGUGUCUGAUGAUGCCUCCUGCAGUGCCACGGGCAGUGGGUGGGGCUUUAGACAGCAGGGCUUUCUCACUUGCUUUACUGUAUGAGGUCUGCCUAGGGAGUAGGGGCCAGAGAGAUGGGACUCACCAGCUCUUGGGCUGUAUACCGAGCAGGCAAAGUCCCUACUUGUUAUAGGAGACAGAUGGCAAAAAUGGUGCUCGGAGAAGCCAAAGAGCUUUCAGGGAAUGGAUUUUGGUCUUGACAUUCCCAGUAAAGAGGGCAAAUAGGCCCGGGCUAGGCAUUCACUUACUUAGGCUUCCCAUGGAAUGGACAUGGGGUGGGCGGUAGUUGGGGGAGGAGGUUGGAAAUAAACCAGGAAAAUGCUUUGCACCAAACCUUGCUGUGAGUCAAGUGAUGGUUCCCACAACACUUGGAGUAAGGAAAUUUGGAUAGACUAGAAAAGGGAAGCCUCACAUCAGGGUACCACCUUCCCCCAAGCUGUCUUAUUCCUCUCUGUAAAACCAGGAAUGUGAUAAGGAGGCCCUGUCAGGAGCACCUGCCAUGCCAAGACCCCAGCCUGUGUGCACUGCAGGUGAGAAGCAGGGAAUGGGCUCCCGAGGCCUCCCGAGGCCUCCCGAGGAACCUGUCGGCGCCUAUGGCCGUCAGUGCAGACUGCCAGAUAGGGCAGACCAUAGCCUUCCCGGGCCUCUCCUCUCCAGCCUCCAACUCUGUGUCUGCAUGGCUGGUGUCAGACAGAAAUUAACUGCCUGGCCUAUACCUUCUCUAAAAGACUGUAAGAUGCUCCUUCUCCACCUCCUCACUCCUUCUCAGCCCUCUCCUAAGUCUCCUGACCCUCUGCACUACCCUAACAGUCCAGCCCCACCUGUCACCCCAGCAGUCAGAACUGAAAAACACCGUUCUGGAGUUGAGAUGGGCCUGUUAAGAGUGGUGACAAGUGAGAAUGGAGGAGGCCAGACAUGCGAGGACACUGUCCUCAGAGAGGAAUCCCAGGCCAUUAAACUAGGUGUGCUCUGUGCUGUGUCAAGCAGAGAGCACACCUGGUAAAAACACUCUGUUUUGCCCGCACUGAAAGGCCAACUCCUGGCUCCCCAGUCCCUCUUGGGGACCCACAGGGGAGCCUGAUCCCACCAAACGAUCCUGGGAGUAAGUUUCAAUGUGGUCCCAUCUACCAGUCCUCAGGACCCAGAGGGAUUCACCUCUCUAUUUACAGAGCACCACCCGGUGCCAGGCAGUAUUCUAAGCACUUAGGAUACAUCUGUGAACAAAACAGACCACGCGCUGUCCUUGAGUAGCAUAUCUUCUCCUGUAGGAAAGAGGAGAGACAGGGUCCUUGGAUUUAGGGAUUCCUUGGUCUGAGAGGGGAUGUGUGGUCCAGUUGGGAUGACAGAGAAAUAAGCCGCUACUCGUGAAACCUAUGUAAGCCUGGAGACGCCUCUUCACCUUAGCACUGGCCUGACCUGCUGCAGUGGCCCUCUGCCUUGGGAGUGAAGACAGGCAGGUCUGGUCUGAUUUGAGUAACCUCUGGUGCCCUCUUCGGCCAGCCAGGUGGGCCCAGACCUCUGACCCAUGCCUGUCACUUUGCAAGAGAUGACACUGAGAGGGGCUUGAGGAUGCAUUUCCUAGAGAGAGGAAGGACUUUGCUAGGCUGUAAGUAUCUGACACAGAUCUCCAUAUUUUAAGUCCACAUGGACCUCACGCUACCAAAGUUGACACCUAGAACAAGAAGUUCCAAUUUGAGGCCAAAUGAAGACACAGACUCUAUCCCUACCCUGACCUCAGGAUCGCCUGUGCUUAAAAAUCUGGUUAUUGUCCACCAGCAGCCUCUCCAGUGGGGCCAGACUGGCAACUCAGACCCCACACUUCUCAUAGGGACCUGAGAAGCAGCAAUGUCCUCUCUACUUGUCCACCUCGGAGCCUGUCUGGGAGGUGGGUGGUUGGGAGAGAUAAGGCCAGGGCUAGCGGUAGAUGGGGGCAGGGGGAGCCUUUUUAUCGCCCAUCCUCCCUUUGCUUCAUGUUUGUAUAAAAGCUUUGUAGUGGCCAGGCCCAGUUGCCCUGUGUGAUAUGCUAUGUAUUUGCUUUUUUGGAAAUACAGGAAAUCAAUAAAUUGCUAAUGUUUCUUUGAACUUU